AUGCCAGAUCCCCCACGCCCCCUUGUAGGCGUCGGCGUCAUAAUCCACGACCACGCCGGCAACAUCAUAAUGGGCGAGCGCGCAGGUUCCCACGGCGCCGGGACAUACCAACUCCCUGGCGGCCACCUCGAGCACGGCGAAUCCUUCGCCACCACGGCCGCCCGCGAAGUCCUCGAAGAAACCGGCCUCACCAUCGGAAACAUCAAAUUCCUGACUGCGACAAAUGAUGUGUUUGAUGAGGGGAAGCACUAUGUGACUGUUUUUGUGACGGGCGAGAUUUUGGGGGAGGAAAGGGUUCCAAAGCCGAUGGAGCCGCACAAGUGCGCUAAGUGGGAGUGGGUGCCGUGGAGUCAGAUGUGGGAAUGGGCGGGGGAACAGGCGGAGGCGAAAGAAACGGGGAGGAAGUUGUUUUUGCCGCUGGUGAACUUGUGGAAGGAGUAUCCUGAGAUGAAGGAUGCGCUUGUGGGACGAUUCAAGAAAGACGGCAUCUUAGAGCGAUGUAGUUACGGCAUCACAACCUUGAACAGAGACACCCUGCUCAGCAAGGUCAGUAUCGUGCAUUAA